UGAAAAGAAGAACAAGAAGAAGGCCAUCAAUUAAAGGCAGAACUUAAAGCUGCCUCACUUCCACCGUCGGACCUGAACAGUGUGACACCCACCGACAGUAAACAACACACUCUCUGGUAGCAGCGUGAAUAUAUUCAAUUAUCAGGGAGAAGAUCUUGUUGUUGGAGCGUUUCUAAUGAGUGACUUUAUGAAUGAAGCAACGAUGUGUUCAGUUGAGGCUUUGAGAGAGUUUGUGAACGAGCGACUAACUGCUGCUGCUGAAGAAAUAUUCCGAGUUUUUACUAAAACUAUCGUCGAGUACCAGGAAGAGAUCGACCGUCAGCGCACACUGCUGGACCUCGUGUGGAAACCUCAAGUAAAGUUACACAGGAUAGAGCUCCUACAGCAACAUGUCUGUAACCAGAACCAGAACUCCAGUGUGGACCGAGAGGACCCAGACCCUCCACAGAUUAAAGAGGACCGAGAGGACCCAGACCCUCCACAGAUUAAAGAGGACCGAGAGGACCCAGACCCUCCACAGAUUAAAGAGGACCGAGAGGACCCAGACCCUCCACAGAUUAAAGAGGAACAGGAGGAACUCUGCAGCAGUCAGGAGGAAGAGCAGCUUGAACUGAAGCUGGAGACUGAAACCUUUAUGUUGAUUCCUGCUAAUGAGUUAAGUGAGCCCAGUGAACCACAACCAGAACCAGAGAGUGACCACCAGCUCCUCUAUAACAACGCUCAUGUAGCUGAGAGCCGAGACCAGAAUCGGGUCAAGCAAGAGGACUCAGGAUCAACUGGAAAUGUACAAAAAAAACCAAAGAAAAUGCAUCAGAAAAGCAAAAGUCACAAUAACAAAGUAUCCAACCGUAACUUUCAACGUAAUACAAGCACAGGUAAAAAACUUAUACAGUGUGACACCUGUGGGAAAUAUUUUAAGUACAAGUCAGAAUUGAUUUUACACCUGAGAACACACACAGGUGAGAAGCCAUUUACAUGCAAAACAUGUGGGAAAAGUUUCAGACGUAGAAGUCACUUGAAACAACACAUGGGAGUCCACACGAGGGAGAAGGCGUAUUCAUGCAACACCUGUGGGGAGAAAUUUGUUCAUAUUAGAGAGUUAAACACUCACACAAGAACCCACACAGACGAGAAGCCACAUUCAUGCGUAACAUGUGGGAAAGGUUACAUACAGAUUCAGAGCUUGAAAAAGCACAUUGAAGUAGUCCACACAGGUUAGAAGCAAGAAGCAAGUACAUUUGCAAGACCUGCAGUAACAGAUUAUUCACCGAGUAUCAUUUAAAAAGGCACACGAGAACCCACACAGGGGGGAGAAGACAAAACCUGCGCGGAUAAGAUUUGUUUACAUGUCAGUACGGGAAAGUCCACACGGGUGAUUAAAAAAAAACACAUUUUAAGACAUUUUAGAUGCAGUGGUCACAUGAUAACGCAUGCUAGAGAGAAGAAGAAGCCACACAUCCGUGACUGCACCGACCUUCCAACAUUUAAGUCUCUGACAAAAACUCACCUUUUUAAAAUUGCUUUUAAUGUUUAAAUUGUUUUUAGGGUUUUACUAUUUGAUGUUGUUUUGCUGUUUUUAUAUUUUUAUGUAAAGUGUCUUUGAGUAUCUAGAAAAGCGCUUUACAAAUAAAAUGUAUUAUUAUUAUUAUUAUUAUUAUUAUUAUUAUUCACGAAAACAUGUCAGUGUUGAACUCUCAUAAGAUUUCAGAUCCAGUUGUAUUAUUUUUGUACUAACUACAUUACUGCAUUACUCAUUUUCUGUUAGAGUGACUGCAGCCCUACAAAUGUUUGACCUGUUACAUUUUUUUUAAACAAUUUUUAUACACUAACUAAUUCAUGUGACUGGAUUGUGAAUUUUGUAUUUUUGUAAUUUGUUUAACAAAAUAAAAAAAAGGCCAACAACUUUUAA